CUUUUGAACCAACGUACUGAUCUUAGCCACGGUGGUACUUUUUGGCUUCGAUUAUUGAGCUUUCUAUGAUAAACUUAGAAAAUUCUUUUUGCACAAAUCUAUUAAUUUUGUAUGGCUCGCAAACUGGGACUGCUCGAGAGGUUGCCUACGAGAUUGGUAGAUUUGGGAAGCGAAAUUCGUAUGAUGUUUGUAUUUAUGGUUUGCACGAGUUCAGUGUCGAAAAACUUUUACGGGUAAAGUUGGCCCUUUUUGUGGUUUCAACCGCAGGUCAAGGCCAAGAACCUCGCAAUAUGACCAAGUUUUGGAAAUAUUUACUUCGAGCAAACUUAUCCAAAGAUUACCUUAGUACUCUUCACUUUUCGGUCUUUGGGCUUGGAGAUUCCUCUUAUAAGUGAAACCGGCUUCUACAGUUGGGAGCUCACGAAAUUUAUUCAAAGGGGCCUUGGUGAUGAUCAAAAUUAUAACGGUUUUUAUGGUGCUUUGAUGCCUUGGAUGGACGGAGUUUUGAAAGCCCUCCACCUGUCGUUUCCGCCACCACACGGCUCACAACCAAUGGAGCCUGAUAUUUUGAUGGAGCCAUUUACGAAAUUAACAGCGUUAACUGAAGAUGUCGAGUUACCCAAUAACUUUUCAAAUUUAUUUCUUAAAAGUGAAAAUUUUGUUAACGCGCAAGCUACUUUUUCGGUUAACGUUGUAUCAAACGAAAGGACAACGAAAGAACACCACUUCCAAGAGGUUCGUAAAAUAGUAUUCAGUAUUCCAGAGACUUUAAGCUAUACUCCUGGCGAUCUGCUAUUGGUUCAACCAGAAAAUUCUAUGGAGAGUGUUGAUUAUCUUAUCGACUUUUUGGGGAUCAAUGCAAAUAACAGAGUAACUUUUUCUUCUCCAAGGAAAAGUCCUACGUUAUGCACUAUUAGGGAUCUUUUUACAAAAUAUUUGGAUUUCAACGGGAGGCCCACUCGAUAUUUUUUUGAACUUCUUUCUCACUUUGCCACGGCGUCACACGAACGCGAAAAGCUUUUGGAACUUUCGCUUCCUGCAAACCUCGAAGAUCUCUAUGCGUAUGCUCAUCGUCCCCGAAGAACAAAGUUAGAAGUCCUUCGCGACUUCCCCACACUUCGCCGCAGAAUACCGCUGGAAUACGUUAUUGAUGUUUUCGGAUGGAUGGAGCCGCGUGCAUUCUCCAUUUGUUCUUCUAUGAAGAAGCAUGUGGGUGAACUUCACGUGUGCUAUGCAGUUGUGCGUUAUAAAACGAGUCUUUUGUUGCCAAGAAUGGGUGUCUGCACCAAUUGGAUGAAGUCUUUAGAAAGCGGGUUUAAGGUUGAGUGCUGUUGGGUCGAACCUGGCACGCUUCGACUACCCGAAGAUAACUCUACAACACUUCUAAUGAUUGGCCCUGGAACGGGAGUAGCUCCUUUUAGAGCCUUUAUAGAGGAACGGUCUUUUGAGUUUAAUAAAACUGGUUGUCUGGUAUUUGGAAACCGAUACAAAGCACAGGACUACCUUUUUGGGGAGGAGUGGGAAGAAUAUAUUAAUAAUGGUCAACUGCACGUGAUAACUGCUUUUUCACGCGAUCAGGAAUUAAAAGUUUACGUUCAGCACAAAAUUCGUGAAAACGGUCGAUAUAUAUGGAACUUGAUAAACAGAGGCGCUUAUGUAUACAUAUGCGGGAAUGCUCGAAGAAUGCCGGAAGACGUUAUGAACGCCUUAAUGGAAGUAAUUCAGCUCUUUGGUCCAAUGACACUUAAGAGCGCCGAAGAAUACGUGAGUCGCAUGAGAAAAGAAAGAAGAUUGCAUACAGAAACCUGUAAGGAAGCUUCGACUACUUUGGAACCGCCUUUGGAAUUCUCUACUAAUAUAAUAAUUGCUCAGUAAUAAAAAUGUAUUUAAUGCUUCCGGUUGACCGUUCGGGAAUAUUCCAAAAACUUAUUAACUGAGUAGCAUAUUGUUUUUUUACACAAUAUAGGCUUUAUAGUUUAUGAUUUCCUUAGCUGUAAUGACCUCAACUUUUGUGAAAAUCUCAGAAAGACACGUCAUUUUUUGAGAAGUGGUUAUUUCUUAAGAUAACGCUACGGGUUACUUUUUCUUAUACGUAACGAUACCCUAUUUACUUUUAUUAUUAAAGCGCUGAUACGCUGUGUAGUCUACUAUUUAACAAUUAACUGUGACCAUAAAAAUUGGAACCAGCGUACUAACAAAAAAGUAUAUUCACUCAAAGGCCUUUAAAAAGAUCCUACUUUUACGGAUUCUGCAUUCUUGCCGAUCUAAGUAGAUUCAACUAAAAACCGGUAAACAUAUAUAAUAUUCGCCGUAAAUUACUAAGGAGGCAGUGGAGCAAAAGAGAAAGUGAUGCUGGCGGGAAAAUUUAUUGAUUACUACUAACCAAAGGAAAAUAUUAAUAUUUAUUGCUGCUGCGUCAUCAUAUAACCUUUUAGAGCAUCUUGCAUUUCAGUGUAAACUUG